AUGAACAUCGUCGAGUCGCUCUUCGGCCGGCGGCAGACGCCGGCCGAGAAGCUGCGGGCGCACCAGCGCGCGCUCACCAAGGCGCAGCGCGAGCUCGACCGCGAGCGCAGCAAGCUCGAGGCGCAGGAGAAGAAGCUCAUCGUCGACAUCCGCAAGAGCGCGCGCGAGGGCCAGAUGAGCGCCUGCCGCAUCCAGGCGCGCGACCUCGUGCGCACGCGCCGCCAGGUGCAGAAGUUCUACCAGAUGCGCACGCAGCUGCAGGCCGUCAGCCUGCGCAUCCAGACGCUGCGCAGCAGCACGCAGAUGGCCGAGGCAAUGAAGGGCGCCACACGUGCGAUGGGCACGAUGAACCGCUCCAUGUCGCUGCCCGCCAUCAGCCGCAUCAUGCGCGAGUUCGAGCGCGAGGCCGAAAUCAUGGACAUGAAGGAGGAGAUGAUGGGCGACGCCGUCGACGAGGCAAUGGACGAUGAGGAGGUCGGCGAGGAGGAGGAGGGCGAUGCGAUUCUCAAGGAGGUGCUGGACGAGAUUGGUGUGGGCCUCGGGCAGCAGCUUGCCGAUGCUCCUCUUGGCGCGCUCUCGUCGCCGACGGCCGCGCCUUCGGAGAAGAUUGCCGUCGGCGUCGGCGAGGGGGCUGGCGCGGCGCCUUCGGGCGCAGGCCCGAGCGGCGGAGCGAGCGGCGGCGCGGCGCGGAGCGACGAGGACGCUCUGCAGGCACGGCUCGAUAGUCUGCGGAGGGAUUGAGCCGUCUCUCGCCGCCAGCUUUCUUUUCGGGACGUGUCAAUGGGCAUCUAUCUUCACCAGCG